AUGGCCGUGAGGGACCAGGGUGAUCGUGAGGGACCGGGGGUGAUCGCACCGGGGGGUUACCGGGACAUGGAGGGGAACCGUGAGGGACCGGGAGGACACCGGGACAUGGAGGGGGACCCUCAGGGACCGGAGGUGAUCGUGAGGAACCGGGGCUACACCGGGACCAGGGGGAACCGUGAGGGACCGGGGGUGACCCCAGGGUACGAGGGCUAUGGCUACGGCUACGGCUACGGCCAGGAGGGCUCCGGGGGCUUCGGCUUCGGCGGCGCCGCCGGCAAUUCCUGGGAGCUCGGCAAUUCCGAGCCCGACGGGGCCCCCGAGGGCGGCGACGGCCCCGGGAAGCAGCGGCAGGAGCCGGGAGCCGGGAUCCACGGCGAGGCCGAGGGGCUGCCGGGACGGGGCUACGGGGCUGCACCGGAGAGGUACGACCCGUAUGAAUCCUACGGCGACGCGCGCGUGAACGAGCACCGGGAUCUGGGAAAUGGGGGCUUCGACUACCCCGGCGACUACCCCGGCGAUUAUCCCAACGAUUACCCCAACGAUUAUCCCAACGAUUACCCUAACGAUUACCCCAACGAUUACCCCAAUGAUUACCCUAAUGAUUAUCCUGAUUACCCAAAUGAUUACCCCAACGAUUACCCCGACUAUCCCAACGAUUAUCCCGGCGAUUUCCCCAACGAAGCCGAGCCCGACGCCAGCGACUUCUACGGGCGGGCGCCGGGGCGGGAGCAGCACUUCCAGGGCAAGUUCCGGGGGGGCUGGGGGGGCCGGGAGCGGCCCUUCCCGGGGUUCCCGGCCCGCGGGGGCUGGGCCGAGCCGCGGGGCCCCCCCCGGCGCCUCCCGUCGCUCUUCGCCCACAACAUCCUGCCCGAGGCCGGCGCCUUCCGCGGCUUCCCCGGCGCCUUCCGCGGCCUCAAGAGGAUGAGGAGGGGCUGGAAGGCCUGGGACGCCGACUUCAGGGUGAGUCGGGGCCGGAUCCAGUUCGUGUGCUCUCUCUGCAAGUUCCGGACGUUCUUUGAGGACGAGAUCCGGCAGCACCUGGAGAGCAAAUUCCACCGGGAGCACUUCCAGUUCGUGGGCACGCGGCUGCCCCCGCACACGGCCCGCUGCGGCCUGGGCACUGCAGAGGAGCCGUCCCAGCUGUCCCAGCUGCGGCAGAAGCUGCCGGCCGGGAGGAAAUCCCAGGAGCGCCAGAAGAAGCGGCACCGCGACCGCAUGUUCGUGGGCACGCGGCUGCCCCCGCACACGGCCCGCUUCCUGCAGUUCAGCACCAGGCUGCCCCCGCACACGGCCCGCUUCCUGCAGGUGCCCUGA